UCUCGUGAACAUGCUAAAUUAGCUGGAACCGUCAACACUGGCUUUUCUGGCAGAGUUUUAGUGUUCAUUAUGGAUGAAAAGCGAUUAGCUUUAUUUCCGCACUGGAAUACUGUCAUACCAAAGGUGUGAGGACUUUGGGAAAAAGUUAUAUGUAUAGCUGCAGUCCAGGACGUCAGGUCUGUGGGUCCAUGUUGAGACAGUGAGAAUGGCUUUCACAGACACAGCCAUAAUUCUCAUCGUCAUAGCAGUCCUAGGAACGCUAACCAGAUGUCAGGGGAGCCUGGUUAAAGACAACUCUCUGCUGAGGUUCACCCAUCAUUUAUAUAAUGCCAGCAUUUAUGAGAACUCUGCCCCCAGGACCUAUACUGAAAGCCCGGUCCGAAUGGGCAUCAUACUAUCUGAUCCCUUCUGGGAUGUUAAGUACAAGAUUGUCUCUGGUGAUGAUGAUGGCCUUUUCAAAGCCGAGGGGGUAACCGUAGGAGAUUUCUGCUUUCUGAGAAUCAAAACCCGAAGCAGCAACUCAGCUGUGCUAAACAGAGAGGUACGAGAUAUUUACACUCUCACCAUCGAGGCUACAGAAAGCACCUAUGACAACCGAGCUAGAACAAAGGUAUCAAUCCAAGUGCUUGAUACAAAUGAUCUGAAACCGCUCUUCUACCCUGCCUCUUAUCAUGUGCUAAUCAAAGAAGACACACCGAUCAAGUCGAGUCUGGUGGGAGUAAGUGCAACGGAUGCUGAUAUUGGCAGCAACGCAGAAUUUUAUUACUCAAUCACCACUAGAUCACACCCCUUUGCUGUUGAUCCUUUCACAGGGACCGUUACACUUAUCAAGACACUUGACGCCAGUCAGAGAGACAGGUAUGAGCUGACUGUGCUGGCAGAGGACAGGGCAAAGAAAAUCUCUGGCGUACAGAAGUUUGGAAAUGUAGCAAAGGUUGUUGUGACCAUACAAAACGUGAGAGAAAACUUUACCCUCAUCACACCCUCCAGUGCAGCGACUCCACAAACGGAUGAUGACAAAAUAAGUUUGAACAUCAAAAUGGAACCCAAGGAGAAGGAGAAAGUGGCAUCUUUAAGUAUAGUUGAAGGAGAUCCACUGAAGUGCUUUCAGUUUGUUCCAUCGAUGUUGCAUGAUGGUGGCUUUCAACUGGUCUCAACAAAAUGGAUUGAUUGGUCGCAAAACCCAUUUGGACUAAACAUUUCCCUUCAAGCCAAAGACAGAGGAAACCCUCCUUUGCUAACACCAAUAAAAACUGUGCAUAUCCCUCCACCUCCUCAAGUUAAACCUUUGACAUUUGAACAAGAACUCUAUUAUGUCACUCUCAGUGAAUUUUCUCCCCCGAAAAGUCAGGUAGUUAGAGUAUCUGUAGGUUUGAGUUUCAAAAAUAUAACCUACAGCAUCAAAGAAAACCUGGAUAGCUAUAAAUUCAAAAUUAGCGCCCAAACUGGUGUGAUUAUGAUUUCUCAGACUCUUGACUUUGAGAAGCACCAUCACUAUGAGUUUGAUGUCACAGCAAAUGAUGGAGAAGCGUUUACCCGUGUCGUUGUGGAUAUUAUUGAUGAAAACGAUAAUUCCCCCAGGUUCAUGUUGCCCUCAUACCAGGCUUCUCUGCCUGAAAAUGUCCCAAUCGGAACAAGCAUCUUUGCUGUCUCUGCUAUUGAUGUGGACAAAGAUAAUAACGGUUUUGUAACAUACUCCAUAGCAAACACAGGUUCUGUUCCUUUCAUUAUAGACCCAAUGACCGGUGUGAUUUCGACCUCUCAUGAGUUUGAUUAUGAGCUCAUGAAGAGAUGGUACCACCUGAGAAUCUGGGCCUCUGAUAGUGGAAGCCCUUUCAACAGAGUAAGCGAAUGCUCCGCAACCAUCACCAUGACCAACGUCAAUGACAAUGUUCCAGUGUUUGAGCGGGUGGCAUGCAAUGCCUCUAUACCCCAAGACUUUGCUGUAGGGGAGAGUAUUGUAGAGAUGUCAGCACUCGAUCUGGAUGAGCUGCAGCAGAUCAUAUACAGGAUAGAGUCUGGGAAUGAUGAUGGACUGUUUGCAAUUAACCCUGUUUCUGGCUCUGUUAAACUUGCUAAAGCAAUUCCCUCAAAUAACGAAGGCACAGAAAAUCCUUUAUAUAUACUUAAAAUAACAGCAACAGAUGGCAAAUAUAGUGCCGACCCCAACACUGUGACUGUGCGUAUCACAAGCAAGGGUGAAGGCGCCAGCACACACUGCGAGGAGACUGGAAUUACAAGGCAGUUGACAGAGAAGCUUAUUGAGUCAUUUAAGCCGUCUCUCAAUUCCAAAGAAGAAGAGUACAUCUCAGAUGUUCAUAUAAUUAACCAGUACCCUCCGAAGUUUAUUAUGGGUACACCAAGCUCGAUUGACAUCAGGGAAGACUUUGCUCUCAAUAGAUCUGUGUUGCAGUUUAAUGCCACUGACAAUGACUCUGGCUUUAACAGAAAGCUUGUCUAUGCAAUUUCCAGUGGAAACGAGGAUGGAUGUUUUACUAUUGACAUGAACACAGGUGAACUGAAGGUAAUCAGUGCUUUGGAUAGAGAGCAAAAAGAGUUUUACAUUCUCAACAUAACCGUGUAUGACCUGGGAUCUCCACAAACCUCUACGUGGAAGCUUCUUGCUGUUAAUGUUCUUGAUGCAAACGAUAAUCCUCCGUUAUUUUCUCAGCCAAGAUAUGUUGUGAACAUCCCAGAAAACACAGAGGUUAACAAAAGCAUAUUCAAAGUCAAUGCAAUCGAUCUUGACUCUGGAGACAAUGGAGCAUUUAAAUAUUCGUUGUUAACCUUCACCGAUUUGUUUAAGAUUGAUGAAGUCACAGGGGUGGUGAAGGUAACUGGGCCUUUAGACAGAGAGACUUUUAGUAGAUAUGACCUAACAAUUGAGGCCAGAGAUCAAGCCAAGCUGGACCCACAGCUUUUCUCAUUUACAGAUCUGAUGGUCGUCCUGGAGGACAUCAAUGACAAUCCUCCAAAGUUUGUACCCACAGUCUAUAGGAUCAAAGUUCCUGAGGACGUUCCUCCAGGCACAGUGCUGUUAUGGGUCGAAAGCUUUGAUUUAGAUCUGGAGAGUGGAGGUCUUAUAAGCUACAACCUGAAGAACAGCGAAGCAGGGAUGUUUUUCCUGGAUACAUCCACAGGGUGCUUGACUCUGGAGCAUGAACUGGACUUUGAGAAGCAGGAGUUUUAUAAUCUAACUGUUCGCGCUGUAGACCACGGAAAGCCCCGGUCUUUAUCAUCUUCAUGCUUUAUUGAGGUUGAAGUGUUAGAUGUAAACGAAAACCUGAACCGGCCCCUUUUCACCCAGUUUGUGCAUAAAGCAGCCGUUAUGGAGGAUGCUACAGUAGGAACCUCAGUAUUGACACUAACUGCUGUAGAUAACGACCUGAGACAAGAUGGAGUAGUUGGAUAUUACAUCCAUGAUGGCUCAGGGCUUGGCAUCUUCACAAUUGAGGAAGAAACAGGUGUUAUUCGGACCGCAGGCCUUCUGGAUCGUGAAGCUGUGCCACACUAUUGGCUGACAGUUUAUGCAAAAGAUCUGGGCACUGUACCACUGGUAUCCUGGACCGAGGUCUACAUUGAAGUUUGGGAUAUUAAUGACAAUCCUCCUGAGCUGUCCCAGCCUGUCUACUUUGGCUCAGUGCAAGAGAAUUUGCCAAAGGACAAAUCUGUGCUAAAAGUAUCUGCUACAGACAUGGACAAGUCCUCUGAGGGGAAGCUAGCUUUCCAGAUCCUUGAUUCUCAGCGCGUAUAUUUCACCAUUGACACAAAAACAGGUGUUAUCAGCACCCUUGCUCCCCUGGACCGGGAGCAAAAAGCAGAGCAUAUCAUUGAGGUCACGGUAUCAGAUGAAGGGGCCCCUCCAUUAAGAUCGACUGCAACCGUAGUCAUUGAAGUCCUAGAUGAGAAUGAUAACAGCCCUCAGUUCAGCCAUAAGCUUUUCCAGGUAAAACUCCCUGAGCGGCAGAGCACGGUUGAGCCUCAGGAGAUCUACAGGAUGGUGGCCCGUGAUGAUGAUGUGGGGCCCAGCGGCAUGAUCACUUACAGUCUGGAAGACGGCAGUGAGGAUCGUUUUGAUAUUCAUCCUGAGACCGGGGUGGUGACAGCUAGAGGAGAGUUUGUUCGGGGCAACUACAGUAUUCUGACGAUUCAAGCAACAGACCAUGGCCACCCUCCAAGAAUGUCUAAGGCCCGUCUGCAUGUUGAAUGGCUGCCUCAACCUGAGCCCAGCUCCGAUGUGCUGGCUUUUGAUGAGCCCCCCUUCAACUAUGUGGUGAUGGAGACAGAUCCUGUCACUGACAUGGUGGGAAUCAUCCGAACAGAGAUCCCGAAGAACCUGCUCUUGUUUGACAUUAUCGGUGGUGAUGAAAAGCAGGACUUCUACAUUGAGAAGAACACAGGGAGCAUUGUGAAAGCUAGACGUCUGGAUGCCGGCAGAAAAUCUCAUUACAACUUAACAGUCAGAGUCACAGAUGGAUUUCAGGCCAUAACCACUCAGGCCUACAUUCAAGUAGUGGAUAUAAAUGAGCAUCGGCCCAUGUUCUUGAAGAGCCUCUAUGAGGUGAGAGUGCCAGAGGACACAUCUCCAUGGAAGGAGAUCCUUCACAUCAGUGCCCAUGAUGUAGAUGCCAACAGUGGACUCUAUUACUCCAUCCACAGCAGUCUUAACCCAGACAGCCUCAAGUACUUUCACCUGGACCAAAGGAGCGGCGUGCUUGUCAUGAAAGAGGAGCUAGACUACGAGACCAUCUCCACUCAUACUCUGAUUGUGAUGGUACGAGAUGAGAAGAUCCCAAUAAAAAAGAACUUUGCGAAGGUUGUUGUGCAUGUAGAAGACUGUAAUGACCACAACCCAUCGUUUCUGAUUACUCAUUAUGAGGGCACCAUGAGUAAUCUUGCACUCACUGGCACUGAAGUGCUAAGAGUCAAAGCCCUGGAUAAGGACACAGGGAGCAAUGCUGAGAUUGUUUAUUCCUUUCACUCUGGUGGGAAUGUGGAUGGUGCCUUUGAAAUCGACCAGGAUACAGGAAGCAUUUGUGUGUGUGAUGCAUUAGACAAACUUCCGCAGGAGCAGUAUCACCUCACAGUAAAAGCCACAGAUCAGGGCUUUCCCCAGCGCAGUGCCCUUUGCCCCGUUACCAUCACUGUAAAGCUGUCUGAAUUCACACCACCCAGGUUCUCCUCCGAAGAAUACAUCACUGAGAUAAGUGAGACCAUGCCUCCUGGCUCCCCUGCACUGUCUGUCUCCGCCAGCUGCCCGUCUUCAGUGAUGUACAGGAUCAAUGAUGGCGACCCCAAUGGGACGUUCCACAUCAACAUAAACUCUGGACUCUUGUCUGUCCGAAACGCACUCGAUUUUGAGCAACACUCCUCCUACCGUCUGACAGUAAGAGCUACAAAUACAGCGGGAGUCUCAUCUGAUGCAGUGGUUUACAUUUAUGUGAUAGAUGAAAAUGACAAUGCCCCUGUUUUCCAUCAGGACACUUAUUAUGGGCAAAUUAGUGAGUCUGCACCCGUCAACAGCAUGGUAACUGGGGAGAACAACACCCCCUUAGUGAUUAAGGCGUCAGAUGCAGACAAAGACACAAAUGCUCUUCUGAUCUUCCAAAUCCUUGAACCUGCAGCUCAGAAGGCAUUUAAAAUAGAUCCAAGCAUGGGUACCAUCUCCUUAAAGUCUACGGUUGACUUUGAGGCAACACCUGAAUUUUUCUUCAGCGUUCAGGUGUGGGAUUCUGGUGAGCCACCGCUAAGUGCAUCCAAGCCUUGCAGAGUAAACAUUCGUGUCCUGGACAUUAAUGAUUGUCCUCCCAAAUUUGCUUUACCUGUAUAUGAAACUGCCCUCACCUUACCGGUUUUUGAAGACAUGAAUGUAAUCCAAGUGACAGCUCAUGAUGCAGAUUCAGCAGUGGCCUACAUUAUUUCGGAGAGUACUAAUAAAAAUGCUUUUAAAAUAGACCAGUCCACUGGAAUCAUCUCAGUGAAUGAUUCGUCUGAAAUGCAGUCCAAUAAUGAGUUAAAGAUCACAGCCUCAGAUGGGUUAUAUAAAGACACUACCAUAGUGAAAUUCAAUAUCACCAAUGCAACAAAGAGUAGUCUGAAGUUCGAGGACAGGAUGCAUGUGGCCACUGUACUGGAGAACAGUACGUCUAUUAAAAUGUUAGCUGUUCUGAAAGCAACAGGUAGCUACCUGAACGAGCCCUUGCAGUACACCAUCUUGAACCCACAUGGGAAGUUUGCAGUGGUUCCAUCGUCUGGAGUCCUGCAGACCACCGGCGUUCCGUUUGACCGGGAGGAACGGGAUAAGUAUGAUGUCGCUGUGGAGGUCCGAGACAUGAGGCAUCCACCACGUGUGGAUAUCACUCAUGUUAAGGUCUAUAUAGAUGAUAUCAAUGACAAUGCCCCAGAAAUAUCCAAUUUGCCUCAUUCGCUGAUGAUAACGGAUGAAACUGAACCAGGAGAUGUUCUCUUUCAAGUGCUAGCGACUGACAAUGACUCCGGUGAGAAUGGAUCUAUACUAUUUUCACUGGAGGACGAUUUCAGUCUCUUCAGAAUCGACCAUUAUCUUGGAGAUGUGUCACUACUAAGAUCUUUAGAUUUUGAGUCUGUGAAUAAAUAUGUUCUCACUGUACUGGCAUCAGACGAGGGUGAGAUGAGCCUGUCAGCAGCCGGGACGCUGUACGUCCAAGUGCAAAAUCGUUCUCAUCCGAUAUUCCAAAGCCUGUACUACCCAUUGAAAUUACCUGAGAAUAUUAAGCCAUUUACAACAAUCCUGCAUGUGCAAGCAAGAAAUCCUGAUGGAUACCGCCUCAUCUACAAUCUAGAGGAAGACAACGCCUCCAGGUUUUUUAACAUCGAUUUCAAAACAGGGGUCUUAAGUGUCACUGAUUUCCUAGACUUUGAGACUCAAACAAAGCAUAUUUUGACUGUUCGUGCCACGGAUUCGGUGACUGGUACCUUUGCCGAAGCCAAAGUAGAGAUUGAUGUGGAAGAUAUAAACGACAAUGCCCCUGUCUUUCAGAGUCUGUCUUAUGUUACAGAUAUGUCUGAAGGCCUUCCAAUAGGCACAUCUGUUUUACAAGUCUCAGCUUUUGACAAAGAUUCAGGCAGGAAUUCAGAUAUAACUUACCAGUUGGUUGACAAAGAAAAUGAGUUUUUUGAAAUCGACCCACUAAGUGGGAUUUUGGCGACAUCGCAAGUAUUGGACUAUGAAACCACACAACAGUUCACUCUGAAAGUUAAAGCCACAGAUAAAGGUGUACCACCUCUCAGCGGUGAGGCUCAAAUCAUCGUGAACGUCAUAGAUGUCAAUGAUAACCCUCCAGAUUUUAACGAGCCGUCUUAUCGGGCCUCUCUUGAUGAAAAGGCCACUUGUGGCCACAUCAUUAUCAAAGUUCAGGCUUCAGACCCCGAUAAUAAGGAUGACCUCCAAUAUAAGAUCCUGUCAGGCAAUGAAGGGAGAUAUUUCUCUAUUAAUGAAUCAUCUGGACUUAUCUCAUUCUCGAAUGUGUGCAAGAGAAACCUGGAUCCAUUUUAUAACCUCACUGUUGCAGUUUCCGACGGCGUGUUUCAGAAGACUGCCCCUGUUAACAUUGACAUGACAAACGGCAACAAGCAUAGCCCCAAUUUUAGCCAGAACAUUUACGAGGCAGAUCUGGCAGAGAAUGCAGAAGUGGGAACUCGUGUGAUCCGAUUGGCUGCUAUUGACCCAGACGAUGGUCCAUACGGCAGUGUCGAUUACACCAUCAUUAACAAGCUUGCUGAUGAGAAGUUCUCUAUCGACGAAGACGGACAAAUUGUGACUUCUCAGUCUUUGGACAGAGAAAAUCCAUCGCAACGAGUGAUCGCAAUUAAGGUCAUGGCUAAGGACGGUGGAGGAAGAGUGGGGUUUUGCACUGUAAAGAUUAUUCUAACAGAUGAGAAUGAUAACGCCCCUCAGUUUAAAGCCUCGGAGUAUCAGGUUUCCAUUCAAUCCACGGUGAACAAAGGCUCGCCGGUUAUACAGAUAAUGGCUUAUGACGCAGAUGAAGGCAAAAAUGCUGAUGUCACUUACACAGUAGAAGAAGCGGAAGAGGUUACGGAAGAUAUUAUUGAGCUCAACCCUUUUACCGGAGUGGUCAGCAUCAAAGAGAGUCUGGUUGGUUUGGAGAAUAAGAUUUUUAGCUUCAAAGUUAAGGCUCGAGAUGGAGGCAUUCCUUUUUACAACUCCUCUGUGCCAGUACAGGUCAAGGUGGUCCCACCGGAGGUCACUCUACCCCAGUUUACGGAGCCAUUGUACUCGUUCUCAGCAUCUGAGGACCUCCCUAUCGGAUAUGAGAUAGGCACAGUCAAGGCAGACACUGACAUGCCACUGAUAUACAGUUUGGUGAAUGGCAACACUAUAGACAGCAACAAAGAACAUGUUUUUGCUGUUGACAAAGACAGCGGUACUCUUGUAAUGCAGAAGAACAUUGACCAUGAAAAAACCAAGGUAUACAAGAUUGACGUGAUCGCUCAAGGAAAUCACAAUGGCACCGAUGUAGCAUCUCUUGUAUCUGUUCACAUAGAGGUUCAAGAUGUUAAUGACAAUCAACCUGUGUUCGAGGCUGACCCCUAUGAGGCCUUCCUGGCUGAGAAUUUGCCCCCUGGCACCACAGUCAUUCAAGUGACAGCUAAUGAUGUAGAUACAAACGUCAAUGGAGAAGUCUCAUAUACGCUUGAGCCGGACUCAGAUGAUAUUGGUGACAUGUUUACCAUUGAUUCACAAACUGGCUGGAUUACUACCUUAAAGAAGGCUGAUUCUGAGACCAAACAGCUUUAUAGGUUGUCUGUUGUGGCCACUGAUCAUGGGGACACUGUCAAACUAUCCUCUUCAGUACUAGUUGAGGUUACUAUCACAGACGAAAAUGAUAACCCACCUCAGUUUACAGAGGAACUGUACCAAGGGUCCAUCCUGGAGAACAGCAGGCCUGGAGAAACCAUUGUCACUCUGACGACUGCUGAUAAAGAUGUGUCUGCAGAAAAUAGACAGAUUGUAUGUUAUAUAACAGAUGGAGACCCAUUGGGCCAAUUCUCAGUCACAGCAGCAGGUGAGGAGUGGACAGUGAUUUCCAAAAGUCCGCUUGACAGAGAAGACAAAGACAAAUAUACUCUUAACAUAAUCGCCACAGAUGGAAGGUUUCAAACAUCUGCUAAUGUGGAGGUCCAUGUUCUUGACCUCAAUGACAACAGCCCUUUGUGUGAGCAAUUACUUUAUACUGAGGCCAUCAUGGAGAAUUCCCCAUCGGGCUUGUUCAUCCUAAAGAUCUCUGCUUCUGACCCCGACAUUGGAACAAAUGGCCAAGUGUCAUUCACUCUUCAUGGACCUAAUGCAGACAAGUUCCAUCUUGACUCCAAAACUGGAGAGCUGUUCACGCUUGCUGUCUUGGACCGGGAGCAGGAAACAGAAUAUGAUCUUGUUGUCAAAGCGACUGAUGGCGGUGGCCGCUCUUGUCAGGCAGACGUCACACUCAUGGUGCAAGACAUGAACGACAACCCACUUGCAAUGUGAACAUCCAUCAGAGGUAACACUUUAUUUUGAUAGUGAUCAGUGUGUCCGCCUGUCAUCUAUGCCAAAGACCCAGACACAGGUAUAAACUCAGAGGUGAGAUACUCUCUUCAAGGUGCCGACAGCGGCUUCUUCUCCCUAGAUGAAAUCUCAGGCAUUCUGAGACUGGAGAGAUCUCUAGCUGAUGAAACCAAGGCCACUUAUGAGAUGAAAGUGAAAGCCACUGACCGAGGCCUCCCUCGCCAACUUUUCUCCUUCGCCACCAUUACAGUACACGUGGUCGUCCUGAGUGACUACCAGCCAUUGUUUCUUAGCUCGGAGUACUCUGUACAGAUCCCAGAAUCAUUGCAGAUCGGGUCGGAGGUGAUCAGUGUGUCCGCCCUCACCAAAGAUGACACUGAAAGCGAGCCUGUGCGUUACAACAUCAUCUCUGGCAAUGAAGACGGCCGAUUCAAGAUAAACCCCAUGACAGGCAAAUGAAAAAUAAAAAUAAGACCAGAUAUACACUGGUGUCUGACGCUGAUGGCUAUUGCAAGGGGUAAACCAUUGCUCAGUGAUAUCGCCACGGUUAUCAUCAAUAUCACAGACGUCAACGACAACCCGCCUGUCUUUAACCACAGUAGCUACAGUAGCGUGAUUGCAGAGGACAUAACACCUGGGGACAUGGUUCUGCAGGUAAGAGCCAUCGACCUUGAUGGGCCUCCAAAUAACUUCAUCAUUUACUCUAUUGUGAGCGGUGAUCCAAAGCAGCAGUUCAGCAUCGAUCCUCACACCGGCCACAUAACCGUGCGCUCCAUGCUGGACAGGGAAGAGAUAACGCACUACUCAUUAACCAUGCAAGCUGCCGAUGAAGGCGAUCCCCCUUUAUCCUCCGCCGUCCAGGUGACAGUGACCGUAUCUGAUGUCAACGACAGCCCACCGAUGUUCUCGCAGAUCAAUCACAGCCUCGUCCUUCAGGAAGGGGAGGCUGUGGGCAGUGGAAUUCUGCAGCUGCUGGUAACAGACAGAGAUACGCCUCAGAACGGCCCUCCGUUCUCAUUCCAUAUUGUCUCGGGAAAUGAGGACAGGAGCUUUCACAUUGACCAAGGAGGACUGCUGUCCGUAUCCUCCCCACUGAGGAGGAGAGGCAAGCCUCAGCAUCUGCUAAAAAUCCAGGUCACUGACAGCGGCCACCCUCCUCUUUCCUCAAUAUGCGUGGUGAAAAUCAACAUCACAGAGCAGAGCCGAUAUCCACCCACUGUGACUCCGCUAGAGGUUUUCAUCACCACCGCUGGUGGGGUGUUCUCGAAACGUGUCAUCGGCAAGCUGCACGCCACGGACCAAGAUCCCCAAGAUGUCCUAUCUUACAAACUGGUUUCUGAUGGCCUGGACCAAGGCCUGUUCUCUAUGGACGCAGUGGAUGGAAAGAUCGUGGUGGAGAAGAACCUGGAUCCAGGCCUGUACCACUUGAACGUGAGCGUGUCCGAUGGGAAAUUUAACAUCUGGGCGGGAGUGAAGGUCCAUGUUUGGGCUCCCUCUAAACACGAUCUGGAUCAGGGCUUCACGUUGCAGUUGGCUGGACUUUUGGCGGAAGAGUUCGUGUCCGAUCACUGGAGAGGCCUCCAGCGCAGCCUGGGCUUGGAGCUAAACAUCCCCAGACAAGAGCUGCGCAUUGCCAGCUUGCAACAGCAGCCGAACUCUAUCAACAUGGAGGUACUGCUGGUCCGGAGAGCUCAGGACGGCUCCGUCCAGCCCGUGUCUGCUCAGCGCCUCACUGGGGUCCUUUCAACUGUAGAAGAUACGCUGGGUUUGAACGUCUUGAGACUGAAGCAUGAUGGUUGUGUGGGCGCUGGUUGCCCACCUCGGGGUUGCAGGAACGCUGUAGUGAUGAGGCAGGGGAGAAUGAGUAACUACGCCACCGCACGGGCGAACUUCAUCACUCCGCAGCACAGCUGGGAGAGCGUGUGCUCUUGCAAUGAAUCUGCUGUGAGAUUUGACGGCAAGGGUUAUCUGAAAUACCUCUAUCAAAUGGAAGAGAGCAAAGAAAACUUCCAUCUGUCCCUUCGACUCAAGACGUCUGCAGCAGAGGGCACAGUGAUGUCCUCCAAUGCCUCUGACUGGGGAAAAUUAGAGCUGGUGGACAAGGAGCUGUGGCUCAGAUAUAGAUGUGGCAACAUGCUCCCUGCCAGUCUGCAUGUGGCCAACCACCCUGUGGCUGAUGGCCGCUGGCACCACGUCUCUCUGGAGGUCAACGGCUCAACCCUUAGACUCGCAAUUGAUGCCAGCCACUCCAACUCUGUGGUUCUGCCUCAGCCCUGCAGGCUCAGUCAGUCCGGUGGAGCCCUGGUGCUGGCCAACUCCAAUCCCAGCACAGAUGCAGUGGGACUGGGCUUCACCGGCUGUUUGGAGAGCGUACAGUUCAACGGAGAGGCGGUGAGAGGAGAGGAGGGGAUGACAGGAACUGGCCCGCAGACCGGCAGACUCUUUGGGAUCUACCAGUGCUGCUCUGAUGUGAAGAUAUGUGCCAGCAAUCCUUGUGAGAAUGGAGGCACUUGUGUUGAAGACCCCAGUGGAGAGUUUCACUGUAGCUGUCCAUUGCCAUACUCUGGCUCUCGCUGUGAGAACGGCAUCCUGCCGGACGAUCCUUGUGCAUCCCAGCCAUGUGCUAAUGGUUUGUGUAUGCCAAAUAAUCAAGGGUACAUCUGCAACUGCUCUGCACAAAUUGCUGGAAACAGAUGUCAGAAUGCAUGCUCUCCCAAUGCAUGUCGCGAAGGUUUUGAAUGUUCAAUUGCGGGAAACUCCAUCCACUGUGAGCGCAACACCUCCCCUUCUUAUGUGGAAAUUGCAGAGAUCUGUGCAGGCAUACUGGGGCUUGUCCUCCUCGUCGUGGCCUUUGUGUGUUUCCGAAAACACUAUGUCAGCCAUAAGAAGCACAAGUCUGGCUGCGUGCAGGAUUCCAACGGCUACUUCCCAACGUUGCCUAAAAGCAUGAUGAAAGAAACUGAGAUCAGCUCUCCUAUGGAGAUCAGCACACUGAUUGGCUCCACAGGUGAUCUGGAUAACAGUCCAUUUCGUUCCCUCAAACCUCGUGAACAGCGGGAGCUCGGCCCUCAGGUUGGCCCUCGGUCCCAGAGGCCUCAGGGUCCUGUGAUUUGCAGCGUGGCCCCCAAUCUACCUCCUCCACCCUCCACCAGCUCUGAUAAUGACUCUAUUAUGAAAAACAACUGGGAGCACGACUACGAAGUGUAUCCUGCUGAUCCUGACUACUACGGCCGACCCACGGUUCAAGAGUUCCCACAGUUUGACAUUGUGGAAAGCACCUACUCGACGGCUACCACAGAGUCGCGCAGGAACUCUCGUUUCGGAGGCUUCCCUUUCCCACUGGACCGUGCUGACCGCCGCGCUCCAUUACCCCCUUGUUACAGCAAUCAGAAUUUAGAUGACUUCUUGGGGCCGGAUGGUCUGCCGCUGCCCAGCUCUCAGUGCCCUAACGAGUACACUGCCAUAAGCUACUACCCUACUCAGCACACUUGUAGCCUGGACAACGUCUCCAGUGGCUAUAAGAGGCUCAGUGUGCGUUUGAGCGUGGCUCAGCCUUCAUACGCGGACGGCGACGGAUCCACACGGCCUGGAUCUACUAGAAGGACGCCUCACAGUUAUGCUGACUCAGAUAUGGUGGAGAGCGACUAUGGCAGCUGUGAGGAGGUCAUGUUCUAAGAGACUGCGGUGGAUCAAAGGUCCCGUAUGAGUGGGGUUAUAGAGGGGAAGCUCAUCUCGUACAUAUAGUAUAUGAAGCUCAACGGCUGAAAGCCACAGAAGCACUAUCAGUAUUAAUAGUCACUUUCAGGGAAAACAAAUACAUCUGUGUGAAAUGCAACGUUCCUCAUUGUUUGCCCUUUAGGAAUCUGUAGAAUUAUUGCAUGACCUUAAAACGCCUACGGUGUGGUUAUAAAUGAUGUUAUUAGUGUUUAGAGAUAAUGCGGCCUCAUUUGGUAUUGCGAGUUCAAUCGCACCCCAUCCAGUUUGGUUGGAAAAAGUAUGUUAUGUUCAGCGCAUGUGUUAAUUGACUGAUUGUAGUGUUGCAUGUCAUUAUCAGAAUGGAAUCCAGCUGUGGGAUGGAUGAUUAUUUUUGUAAAACAUACGAGCCCAUAUGUGCUCACCCAAAAUAGUGUACUAUGAAAUUUGAUGUUUU